AUGGCAGCUACCAAAGUUCAUCUUCUGAUGGCGCUAAACGGCAUUCUAUGCUCUAUCGGAACUGUCGUCAAUUUUCUAGUGAUCGUCGUCGUUUUGAAAAAUCGCCAAAUGCGUAACGAACUCAACUUACUCAUGGCAAGUUUAUCCAUUGCGGAUUUGAUCGUAUGCCUGAUAGCUCAACCAAUGUACAUUGUCAUUUUGGGAAAAGAGACCACUGCUGGGUUUAAAUAUGCCUUUGAAUUAACGGCUUUUAUCGGUGUUCAUGCUUCCUUCAAUAGCCUCACCGGAAUCACAGUAAACAGAAUGGCUGUGUUACUUAAUCCAUUCUCCUACACAAUGUCUCAUCAUCGGACAAGGUUGUAUGUAAGCAUCCUCGGUGGUAUUUGGGGUUCUUCCAUAAUCCUUGCUUACUUUUUCACCACCGACAGUGGAAGAAAAGUAACCCCACACGUCCAUACUUUCAUGUUUGCAUUAUUUAUUUUCACCUACACCUAUAUCUUCUGGGUGGCUCGCAAGCAGGUGCGCAAAAUUUCGUCUCAAGUGCAAUCCGUCUCCUUCAACCACAAGGCCGCCAAGAUCAAAAGCGAAAACAGUGCGGCAAAAACGUCGGCAAUCCUCGUGAGUGCCUCGUUGAUAUGCUUUUUCCCUGAUAUCGUGUUUGAUUGGAUGGGAAUUGUUGACAAGAUGAGGUUUGACUGGGCUUUCACCCUCCUGUUCUUAAGUUCAUCGGUAAACCCUUGUAUUUACGUCAUGAGAAACGAGAGCUUUCGCUUUGCAUUACUGCGAACAACACGUUGCAUUCCCGUUUUAAGGGAUCACAUUAUUUCAUCCAAUCGGGUAAAUCCAAUUGGUUUGGACAGUACUCAUAGAUCUAGAGGAGGAGCGUCGAGGAAAGAAAAGGGAAGCACUGUAAAAGGACAAACCGAUUGUGAUCUUGAAGAAAUCGAUUAG